AUGGUUUCAUCAAGGAAGCGCGCAUUGCGCGAUGCUGAACCAGAAGCCGAGGCGCGAGGGCAUCCCAAGGAGCUAUCUUUACUUCAUCGCAUCAGAAAUACUUGGCAAUUUGCCAACCUGUUCCAAUGGAUAUACUUAUUUGGCAAAGUCGUGAAGAUAGACGACAAUCUCGAGAUAGAUGAUCUGGAGGCCGAAUUCCUAAAACCCCGUUCGACCGUCCUAGUUAACAUUGGCCUUGCCUUACUCAAGUUUGUAUCAUCGCAUCGCGGCUUAACGCCGGACCUCUUCGACGAAUAUACGCGACGGCAAUAUGUUGCUAAGGCCGCCGAUCGAAAUCCGUUUGGUACCGCGGAUACGCCCGCCAAGUUCGACGAUUUCGAUGCUUUCACAAAGAUCAAAAUAUUACAGCAGCUUACCCAAUGGGUGAUGUUGCAUCCCGAAAGAAUUCGAGAAAAGAUGGAUGAGCAGAAGCCAAGCGAUCAAACAGAAUGGAGAAUUGAACCCUCGGGCUGGGAUAGCGACGAUCGCAUUUAUUAUAUCCUAGACGAUAACCGAAUAUACCGCAUGACAGAAGCCCCGCCGACCUCUGCGCCCUGGAAACCCAAGAAGAAUACUAAAAAGGCUAAAGCAGCAGCAAGAGCUGCUAAACGACGACGCGUAUCAAGAUCCACGGUGCAAAACGGUGACGAUGAUGAUGACGGCUCUGCUUCUGACGUGGAUCAACCUGCUGAGCCGGAGGAUGACGGUCUGGGGGGUGCGAAGUGGGAGUGCAUUGCAGCGAGCCUCACAGAAGUGCAGGAAUUCCUUAAUACCAUUCGAAAGACCCGUGACGACAAUGAAAAGGUCCUAAGGAGUACUAUUGAGAAUCACCUUCUACCUAUUUUAGAGAAGCAAGAGGAAUCUCGGAAGCGGAAAGCCCUGCAGAGGGAGAAAGAGCUACUCAAUCUCGAAAAGAUGGCACAUGCCAAACGUUCGAGCCGCCUUGCUAACAAGGCCGAACAACAACGAUUGGAGCAGCAGGUUAAAGAAGAGGAACAGAAACGCCGAGCAGAAGAGUUGACGGCUCGAAAGGAGCAACAAAAACGUAUAAAAAUGGAGAAAGAGCGCGACAACCGCAUGAUGUCUCGGGAGAAACGACUUCGAGAACGGGAGGUUCGACGACGACAGCACGAAGAAGAACUGGCCCAACUGUCUGAGGAUAGUAGAAACCUAAGCGCUGGGACCGGUCGUUUAUCGGAGAGACGGUUGAAAGCGGAAAUCGAGAAGAACAGGCAAGCCCUGCAGGAGCUUGAGGAGGAAGAGGAUGACUGGAUUUUUGACUGUGUCUGUGGGGUCUACGGCCAGGUCGAUGAUGGCACACACAGUAUUGCAUGCGAGAGAUGCAAUGUCUGGCUGCAUAGCAAAUGCGUUGGCAUUAGCGAGGAAGAAGCCGAUCGCGAUGAUUUUCAUUUUAUCUGCAAGAGUUGCUGCCGAAAGAGUUCAACGCCAAAGUCUGCUACGGUCAUCAAAUUAAAGGUUAAUCAACAAGAUGCUUCAUCUUCACCUCCCAUCACAAAGUCGGACGGCUCGCCUACUCCAGACCGUGCCCGACUCAGCCAACGCUCUGGCAUUGCUGUCGGGAUACCGGCAAGGCUUAAUAAUACGCAGCUCACUACUCAGCCAUUGAUCCCCAUAAAGCAGGCAGGUCAACCUAACGCCCCUCCUCCAUCUUCACCCUUCACUAACGGUGAUGGGCUUCAUCCAUUCUCUUCGCCGCAUCCAAAUUUAUCACCUCCAGAGCAGUCGCCCAAUAAAGCAAGGGCCUAUUCAACCAUGUUUAAUGCGUCGCCAAUCUCUGGAAGUCGUUCUGGGGAUGCAAGGGUGCCACAAAAAGGGUUGUUCCGCGUGUCACCAAAAGCCAAUGGCGUACCUCAACCCGCACAGUCGAGCAAUCUCCCGCCUCAUGCGGAUGCCUCUAUACCUCCCGUGGCCGCCAGCUCUGAUUCGCCUUUGAAGCAGCCUUUUGAUGCCGCAAGCAGUAGCCUUCCAGUUCUUUCGCCACCAUCUGUGUCAUUUUCCGCUUUGGCACGUCCUUCGAGCAGCGAUGUCAACGCUCAACCGGCAGUGCUUUCUACUCCGCAGCUUAAGAAGUUUGACCAGGCAGGAGCACGGCUUGACGCAACACCUAGUUUGCCGCCGACCCAAAAUGGGAUCUCGCCCCUAAAACGCUCGCCGCCUCCACACCAGCAGUCGGGCAAUGGCUUAUUUUCGACCCCAGCACAUUCUAUUCUCCCCCCAGUGACAGCCCUGUCUCCUUCACCUUCACAGCAAAUACUGACGCCUCCUGUCAAGCCUUCCGAACCUACACGGCCGACAUCGCAGACACCAGGUGGUAUCGCUAGGGAUGAAUAG